CAAUUUAUCACACGGAUAAGUAUUUACCAAUGUGAUUGUAGACAAAUUUACACCAUAGGUGGAUAAGCUCUUUUGGGAAUGGAUAAAACGUCAAACUCGAAAACAAUAAAGGACAAUAAUGUUUCCACUGUCCGUACUGCUCGCAAAACCUCUUACCCCAAUCUACAAUAAAGAGCUUCAAAAUCCGGCAGAAAGAGAUAGACAGCUGUAGAGAGUCGGAGAAAAACAGAGAUGUGUAGAUAGGAAAAAAAAAACCAAACUACUUCUAUCAUACACAUUUUAUCAAACACCUUUCAUACAAUCUUUAUUUUUCUGAACGUGACUCUCCUAUCCUAACAUUAGUUAUAUAUAUCUAGAGAAAAACAAACCAUCUCUAUCACACAUUUUAUCAAACACCUUUCGUACAAUCUUUAUUUUUCUUAAGAGAGAGAUCAAACCACUUCUAUCAUAGACAUUUUAUCAAACACCUUUCGUCCAAUCUUUAUUUUUCUAAACGAGACUAUAUAUACGUUACAUACCCGGUAAAUAUGAAGUUUUUUGUUGAAUUGGUGGCCUGCUGUGGCUGUUCUUCAUAUCGUGUGCGACAGGUUGAAGCAGAGGAGAUGGGACCUCUUGUACCUGCAGCUGCUGAAACGUCGUCUGAUAAUAAUAAUAAUAAUAAUAAUAUUAUGUAUAAAAGGAGGAAGCAAGGGAGACGAGUGAAAGCGAGAUCGGCUGGUUCAUUUCCUGAUUGGAAACCGUCUCUUUCGUCUAUAUCAGAAGAUCAUGAUGCUUUGCCUACAAGAAUGGCUCUUAAUUCCAACAGGAAUCUGAAGAAGAACGCAACUGCUUCUCGUCAUCAUCAUCGUGAUAAAAUCAGGAUAGCCUGCUUUUCUGCAAUGGGUCCAGCAUUUGCUCCCACUCCUUUCUUGAUUUGAUGUUGGGACUAAUCCAAAUUACCAUCCUGCUCUCUUUUGUUUUGUAAAUUUAAAUUCUGUAUAUGGUGUAAAGUUUUUUUUUUCUUUUUUCAUUUCUCUUCAAUUUCCAUUAUGUUCUCUCUCCCUAUCUGUAUUAAUGCAAGGACUGUAAUAUUUGUAAAAAUGAAAAGGAAAAAAAAAUACUCCAAAACUAUAUUAAGUGUAUAUGGAUAAACUUAUUGAGAAUGUUUGUUUAAUAAGUACUGAAUUGUGGAUC